CAGUGAGCCGGUGUCCGAGCAACAGGUAGGAGCCUCCAGUGCGCCGCGCGCCUCCAUGCCUUUCUCCUAAAGAACAGAUCCCCGCGCGCAUCCCUCUCUCUAUCCGAGGCGAGCCUCGAGUGAACAGCAGCAGCAGCAGCUCCUCAGCCACAGGUUCUGGGCAUCUAUCUCCCUUCGCUGGACUGCUGGGCAGGAUGAACAAGCGCAAAGCCGCCUUCCUCCUCUUGCAGAUUGCCCUGCAGCUUUGCCCUGGCGAAGCCACUCACGCUCAGCCGCCUUCUCCUCAAGGUAAGAAGCAACAGUCCCAACUUGGAGGCGUCCAAAAAGGGCGGGGGGGGGAGCCUCUCGUUUCCCUCGAUGGAGCUGAACUUUACAGAAGGCAAGGAUAGGGAAUAGGUGGCCGACGGUGGAAUUCCCACCAGGAUUAAGGGAGAGUUUCUUGUCCAGAAAUAGGAGAUUUGAUAGGAAACAUAUGGCAGCAACUUGCAGCCUCUGGUGGGGUGCCCCAAAUCCAACUCUUGAGGCAAAAGAAAAGGAGCAGCUGGAGUUUAAGCAGACUUGACAAAAGGUUAGUUUUUAAAGCCACCUUUGUAAUGGGUGAUGGUAACUGUACUGUUAUGAAACCGUAAGUUUAAGGAGUUCCUUUAGAACUGAAUUUUUGAUAAAGCAAAAUCAGAAUCACCGGAUGCUUUUCUUUUGAAGGGAUUUGUUUAGAAUAAGGAUAGUAAAGCCCUUUUUUUUUAAAAAAGGUUUGAUUCUUGUAUAUGUGGAAACACAUUCCACAGAUUCUUGAGACUCUCAAACCUUCAAAAAGAUCUGUAGGAGCACAAGGGGGUACUUUUAUCUUGAUUUACCUCUGCUCUUUUCCUACUCUCUUGCCUAGGAAUGGAAACAUCUGUUGCUUUAAUAUUUACAGUAUGUAGGGUUCUAGCCUGUUUGAGUAGCAAUGAUGUGAAUACAGUAUCAGAUAUUAUUUUUUGCAUUAAUAUAUAUAUAUAUAUGCCACUUUACCUUGUACUGUAAAGACAAAACAACAAAUCAAAUCAAAAAUUGAACGAACUAGCAAUGAAAAACAGUGCAGCACAAGCAAAACAACAACAAAAGUUGCAAUAAUAACAACCGGGGUCAACAAAAACAAACAAAAGCCUGACCAGGAUCAAAUAAAUCAACUUCAAUUUAGCUUAAAUGCUACUUGAAAAAGCCAGGGUUAUAUGAAAUCAUAUAUUUGUUGCAUCGACACAUCAUAAUAAACUAUGUUCUUUGUAAGAGAAAGAAGCCUAGUUGAGCCAUGAACUCUCAUUCUUCACCCCUUCCUUCUCCUCUCCUGAUGCAACUGCAAGGAGAUCAGAAUCUUGUGCUUCUUAUUUUGUUUCACCACAGUUGUGCUGUAACCUUAAACUGUGGUUAAUCUCAACUAUUGUUUGUUGAUACAAGGUAGUUUUAUAACUUAAGGUUUAAAAUUAAUUUGUUUCAGACAAAUCGGCUAAGUCAGUUUGUCAUAUUCAGAUAGCAAGACAAACUGCAGAUAAUAAAAAAUGGAAGUGAAAGCUUCUGAACUCCUUGUGAAGUGUGUGUGUGUGUAUGUGCAAGCCAAAUGCUCACCUGAAUUCAGCCAGAGCCUGAUCCUGGUGGGCUUCAUUGGGGUGGCAAUUCCACAUAAAGUCAGCACCGCACCUGUAAAAUCCUUGCUAGACAUAUUAUGAACCUCAUUCAGUAAGAGUAUCUGCAGCCUCUAAACUAUAGCUAUCAGGAUUCUUUGGGGUGUGUGCACUAAUUUAAAUGUGCUUCAGAAAUUUGGUGUGUACACAGCCCUAAACAUGCUAGUGAUUAAAUUCCAUUAAACUUGGGAUUUUAUCUAGUGACAGAAGACAGCUUGAUGCAGCAGAGGCUUCUGUUAGCAGAAAAGGUAAGGAAUGUGAUUUUUACAUAUUCACCCUCAACAGCUGCAGCUCUCAUCUGUUCCCAAUCUGCUCCCAGGGGUUGGGAGACUCACUGGAACAGUAUAAGGAGCUACCAGGGAAGGGUGAAUUAGUGAAAAUAGUUUGCCUCCCCAUUCCAGUGACAAAACCCCACUGUUGGGUCAAAGAGCCUUUAAUAAGCAGAGGGACAGCCUUAGAUACAUCCAAUGUAAUUUACCUCUGAUUAGGAUGGUGUUCCUGAAGAUAUUUUAAUAUUGAUUCCAGAUGGGGAUAAUUAUUCAGCUUUGAAUUGGCAUUCAUUACUGCAUAUGAUUUGAUUUAAACAGUAGUGUCUCAACACAGUUGCUGUGUUGUUAAUAUUACAAGGACAAUAGCAUAGUACUGUUGUUGAAAAUGGGGAUGAACGGUUUUUGUAGCUGAUACCUGUUUGCAGAUCACAUUUUUAUGGUUUUGAUUUUCCCAUGUAGGCACAAUGCACCACUGGUGCUAAUUACCUUUGCAGAAAGGGCAUGUUUUUAAAUUCAAGCUGUUUAGUGGGCUGUGUGAUGAUAGAUUGUGAAGACACUAAAGAAUCAUUCGUUCGAGAUUAAUCAGUUAAUCAACUGAACCACCUUGACUCCUUUCAUGCAUUACCCAAAGGCUGUAGGUAUGAGUAAGAAUGAAAUCUAAAAUAAAUGGAAUGCAAUGGGAAAGAAUCUCUUUCAUGCUUCUCAAGCGGAAUUAUUUCAAUGAGUAGAAUGUUGAAUAUGUUGUGAAGAUGCAUGUAGGUUAUACUUUUUGAGCUGUAUUAUAUCUAUUAACCUAAUGUAUGCCUCCCUAGAACCAUAGAACUGUAGAGUUGGAAGGGACCCCAAGGGUCAUCUAGUCCAACCCCCUGCAAUGCAGGAACCUCAGCUGAAGUAUUCAUGACGGAUGGCUAUCCAACCUCUGUUUAAAAACAUCCAAGGAAGGAGAGGCUCUCAUGGGAGCCUGCUGAACAGCUCUUAUUGUCAGAAAGUUUUUCUGAAUGUUUAGUUGGAAUCUCCUUUCUUAUAACUCGAAGCCAUUGGUACGAGUCCUACCCUCCAGAGCAGGAGAAAACAAGCAUGCUCCUCCCCCCACGUGACAGUUCUUAAAAUAUUUAAAGAUGGCUAUCAUAUCUCCUCUCAGUCUGCUCUUUUCCAGGCUAAACAUACCCAGCUCCUUCAAGCGCUCCUCAUAAGGCUUAGUUUCCAGACCCUUUAUCAUCUUGGUUGCCCUUUGCAUAUUUUCGAGCUUGUCAGCAUCCUUCUUAAAUCAUGGUGCCCAGAAUUGGACACAGUAUUCCAAGUGUGGUCUGACUAAGGCAGAAUAGGUAAAGGGACCCCUGACUGUUAGGUCCAGUCACAGAUGAUUCUGGGGUUGCGGUGUUCAUCUCGCUUUAUUGGCUGAGGGAGCUGGCGUACAGCUUCCGGGUCAUGUGGCCAGCAUGACUAAGCCGCUUCUGGCGAACCAGAGCAGCGCACAGAAACGCCGUUUACCUUCCUGCCAGAGCGGUAACUAUCUAUCUACUUGCACUUUGACGUGCUUUCGAACUGCUAGGUUGGCAGGAGCAGGGACCAAGCAACAGGAGCUCACCCUGUUGUGGGAAUUUGAACCGCCAACCUUCUGAUCGGCAAGCCCUAGGCUCUGUGGUUUAGACUAAGGCAGAAUAGAGUGGUACUAUUACUUCCCUUGAUGUAGUCUAGAAUAGCAUUAGCUUUUUUUGCUGCUGCAUCACACUGUUGACUCACGUUAAGCUUGUGGUCACCCACCCGCUGGAUUAAGGAUGAUUUAUAAAUAUUGCAGAGCAAUCUUAAACCCCAAUCCACUGGCUGGAGGGGGUUAGUAUGGAGCAGAGAUUGGGGGGGGGGUUAUCAGAGAAAAACAAUAUGCCUAUGACCAACUGCAAAACAUGAAUUGAGGGAAACACUUCAAAAGUUUGGUUAUAAAUUACAUUGUUUUAUUAUAAAGUUAACCUUUGAAGCCUAUUAUAUUAUUUUUUAAAGAAAUUAAGGGUGCGUGCAUAGCAAAUAUGUACAAGAUUUGAAACAACAAUAUUACAAACCCUAACAUCUAUCUAAAAAUGUGUGCAGUCGGGGUUUUCCCAUUGAUUUUCCUGAACUGUAGCUGCCUUCUCACCAUUCUGGGGCUGCAUUGCUUUAACCUCACUUGAAUUGGGGGGGGGGGGGAAAUCUGGUGUUCUAAGAGAACAGAUAUGGGAAAGAGGGUUUUGUUUUGAUUCAGGAGACUUAGACCCCCCCCCCUAAGAAUCUGAAAAAGCUAUCAUUGGCCAUAUGGUGAGUGUGCCCACAAUCCUCAAAGAAGUUUGCAACAGUAAGAUUGUCCGCUGUGAAGGGUUUUUAGUUUUGUCUUAAUUGCUUCAUUAUGGUUUCCUAAAUUUAAGUACAGGCGGUUGCUAGUGAAACAAGAUAAUGAGACUGCAGUCCCUACAUAUCUGGGAGUAACCUCCCUUAAUUAAACUCAAUAGGAUUUACUUCUGAGUAGACAGGUAGAGACCUGCACUGUUAAUAGAGCAGAAACAGAAGGUGGAAACGGGACAGGAAAAUAUUUAAAGACAAAGUACAAAGUUUAAAGGACUCGAUUUUGAAGGCACUGAAAUGACAUAAACUGUCAGGAGCAUUAUUCCAAAGGAAUCUGUACCUUUUAUUACCUUUUAUUUAACAAAAGCUCCUUAAAAUCAUAAAGAACCUUUGGAAAAAUAUACUUUGUUAGAGAAUAAUGAUCCAAUGAAAUGACAUUAUUUCAUAAAGGGGUAAUCCUACUAUAAUGAAGCAUUGCAAUCCUAUACAUGCCUACCCAGAAGUUAGUCCCAUUGAGUCUGCUGGGGCUUACUCCCAUGUAAGUGAGUAAAGAGUUGCAGUUUGAGGUCCUUUGUUAUUUUCCUUUGAAAUCAAUGAGGAUUAAAAGUUGUGUGGGUUGUGCUUUUAAGUUUCCAAUGCAUCAUGGUCCCAUCAUAAACUACACUUGGAAAAGCUAGCCACCCCACACCCCUCCUAUUUUGAGUUGGAGGCUCAUCAUUCUGGAAAAAAUUGAGAAUCUGUUUCUAAAGCUACCAAUCUGUGUCCAGGUGGCCGUUGGAGUGCAUGAACAAUUGGUUUAAUUCGCUCUGGGAAGUCAUGCAUUCUGUGUACACUUGCAGGCUAAUAAGCUUUUGUAGAUGUUCAGCCCUUCUGUGAUAAUUAACCUCUGUGAAUGUCAGCAGUUAGUUCUUCAAAUAAGCACUGCUAAGUGUGUGGCUUCAGAAGACCCUUUACCCAAAGGCAAUUUAACAUGGCGUCCAUUUAAAUCCACUUAGUAAAUUAGUUUUCUGUAACAAGCUGCCAACUGAUGGAAAUAAUUUUACCUCAUCAGAUUUUCAGCCAGAUGUAGAUACAGUAUAUGUUAAAUAAUCCACACCACAUGGCAGGAUUAUUACAUUGUGGUAAAUUAGCACUCUGCUAUUGGAUAAAUCUAGGCAACAAUUUACCAUCUUCAUAGGAUUGAAACCAGAGGCCUGGUCUCACACAUCCUGAUGAAGAUACAGCAUAGUUAAGGAAUACGCACACUCUACCACACACAUAAACAUAGUGUGUGCAACAGGUGCUCUGUUUCAGGUAUGAGGUAUGACCGUCCAGAUACCUUUGGAUGACAACACCCAUCAUCCCUAACCGUUCUGGCUGAGGCUGAUGGGAGCUGGAGUCUAACAGCAUCUGAAAAGCUACAGGUUCUCUACCCCUGCUCUAAAUGGAAGCCAAUGAAAGCUCAAUUUGUAUCAAUUUUCUCCUGCUUUUGGAGAAGGAAUCCCAGAAACCAUUCGACAAUGUGUAGACUUCCAUGUGAACCGCUUGUAUUUCAUAAUGUUAUAAUAUGUGUGAUGUAAGAGAGGGGAAUGUGCAAGCCAGCAGCACAAAGACUUGCAUAAAUCUCCAAAUAGUAUCUAACCAUUUGCUUGUAUCCCAGGGCCCUUUGCCUCUUCUCAACUUUUCCUCUUUUUUCUCUCUAGUUGAAUCAAAAAGCCAAGACCUAGUUUUUGCUUCUAAAUGUGUGUGCUCUGCUGUUUUAUCAUUCUUUACAAAUAUCUGGCCUUUGUUCCCCACUGUCUCUUUAUAUGGCACUUUUAAUAAGCAAAUAGUUUUAUAACCUUGUAUAUUCAGUGAUCACUCACUUCAGCAAAAUACCAUCCGGCAGAACUGUGCUCUUUAGCUAAAUCCAGAGUGUCUCCACCCAGAGCCAGAAAUAAGUCCUGUCUGCUGUGAAAAAUGUACCACCUACAGGGUAAGCUUGCAGGCAACAGUAUCCACACUGUGGCUUAUAUAGGAGUACAGUUUGGUCAGGGAGCUAGCACCAUGUUAAUUCCUGAAAAAACAAAGUUUAAUUUGAUUCUUGGCAUCUAUGAAGUCACAUGAGUUUAAUUCAAAGAACUGUAUAUCCAGAAGGAACACAUUUUAAUUUGACUACAAUUAGUAAGGUCAUUAGACUUAAACUUUUUUCCAGAUCAGACUUGAAGCAAUCUAACAAAUAAAUUAUUGCAAUCAAUUAAGCAACAAGCAUAAAAUAAGCAUAACCGCUUAUGAUGUAUAAAUGUUUCCCAUCUUCCUGAUGUACUUUUCACCAGGAGAUUGGUGAUAUGUCUCUUAACACUCUUUAUUCUUUCAACACAGUUGGGUUAGUGAAGGGCGAUUUUAAAUAACACUAAUAAUCAUUGGAAAUUUAUUGAUUUAUUUGUAUCUGUAGCCACCUCCAUCUCAAAUACUCAGACCAAGAAAAAGAAAAAGCUUUCCUUUUAGCGAAACAGAAUAAAAUCUCACCUCUUUAAAAGCCAGCCCAAGGAGGAAUUUCUUGUAAGUUCUUCCGAAAGAACAGAUGACUCUGAUUUGUGGUGAGUCAGACCAUAAAUCUUUCUUGUUUGGUACUACAGGUGAAACUGUCCACAGCUUCAAGGUGUUCCCAAACAGGCCACCUGAAAGUUACUGUACUGUACUUGUAACAGAAGAUGCCUGGGAUUUAAUCUGUGACCUUCCACAAGCAAACCAUGUGGUUACCACUCACUGAGCUAUGACUCACACCAACUAAGGUGGCUUGAGGCAGUUUGAAUCUGCAGCUGCAGAGCUCCAUUUCUCUCAUUGAACUAAAUCAGCCCUUAAAUGCUCAACUUGGCAUUUGGGCAAGGGGAAAUGCAAAGUUGGGGGUGAUACUGGUGGUGAAAUGGAAUUUCCUGGAGGAGGACAUAGCUGUUUGGCCAGAAACUGAAACAGGAGCAUUUGUGGUUUUGUUUUUAUUUAUUUUUCAUGGUACAGAAAAUACAUUUUGAGAAAACAAUUGUUACAGAAGUAAACAACAAACAACUUAUCCUGAUAAAAUUACAGGCUUCUGUCAUGCUACAGGAGCGUUCCUGUUGCAAGGACGAACUGCACCAUUUUAUUGAAGUCCCACUUGUAUAUUAUUUAUAAUAAUCAACUUAGUGAAAUCCUUCUUAUCUCUUUAUAGUUUUUGAUCUUCUUUCUACACCCAACCAGAGGCUAGUAAAAACCUUCUUGCAACAGACACUGGCCGAUCCUACACUGAAUGAAAUUUACGUGCUGUCGACAUUCAGACUGCAACCCAAAAGCACAGCUGUUGUAUUUGGGCUAUAUUCCUCCACUGAAAACAGAAAAUAUUUUGAAUUCACAGUUAUGGGACGGGUGAAUAAAGGUAAGUCCUACAAAAGUCGGGUGGGUGGGUGUGAAAGCAAUGAAUAGAUGUGAUUUUAUUGGGCAUAUUCUCAAGAAGGUCUCUCACACAAAUCUACGAUUAGCUUACAUUUUUUGGUGAAGUUUUAAUUCAUUUAAUUAAUGUUUACUCCUGAAAUUGUUUUUACCAUCCUCUUAAACACCUCCUGAAUACUUCUUGAUAUCCUUCCUAAAUUCUGGUGCUCAGAGUUUAUUGCAGUAUUGGAGUCUUAUCAGUACUGAGACUUGGAAUGAAAGCUAAUGUAAAUACAAUUCCAACACUUUGCUACUGCUUUUUAUUGCCUGCUUGCAUACUCAUUGCAUUCCACGCUUCAGAGAAGUAUGAGAAUUAGCUUAUGGCAACAUCCUGUCUCUGUGUUCUUGUACAGCCUUGAUUCCCCAUGUUGGGAGAUGGGGGCUGGCAUCUUUCUGCCAGCAAACUUCCCACUGGCAGUGAUGAAUGGUUCUCAAAGAACCAAGUCAAAGGUUUUUCUUUCUUCCUUUUUCCCCUUUGGGAAAUCACUGUUUCAAAUUACUGAGGAAUUUGAUAGAUACACGCACAUGCUGCAUUCAGCAUAUGAAAGAGGGGAACUUAAUUUAGUUGAUCCCGAAGUUUAGCUUUGACUGUGCAAGAUAAACAUUCCUGUUGCAAAGGCCUUAUAAAAUCAGCCACAUGACAGAAAAUGCUCUUGGCUGAGUGGAAUGCGCUUGUUUAGAGCCGUAGCACUGACUUGUGUGGAACUCUGCCAUGCUAUGGUAAAUUCAUGAAUGUAGAGCAUGAAAAACGUGUGGUGUUAUCUACAAAGGGAGGAAUGGUUGUGCAAUUAGAAUAAACCUACUAACUAAAAUUGCAUGCUAACCAAUUACAGAAACGUUUAGUUAAAUUGCCUUUAAAUUGGGGCUGCAACUCGUUAGUGAUUGGUUAGACUAACAGAUUUAAAAACUUUUGAUUGACUAAAAGGUGAGCCUUUUAAAAUGCAUUUGGUUGGAUCAGGUGCAGGUCUAUACAAGUAAACUCCAAUGAGUUAAAUGAAACUUAAUCCCAAGUAAGCACGCACAGGAUUGCAGGCUAACAUUGCAAUCCUGUAUAUGUCUGCUCAGAGUGAGCCCCAUUGAAUCCAAUGGGGCUUACUCCCAGGCAAGUGAGUGUAGGAUUGCUGCCUAAAGGGGUAGUCUGGGGUUGCUUCUAGAACCAAUAUUGUCAUUUGAAGCCCAGGCGACCUCAGUAGCAAGAGUGCCCAUUUCCAAUUCAUUCACUACCCACAACUGCAUCUGGACUGCAGUAUUCCAGCCACAGUACUACAUGCUCUAGUAACCUACAUGGGACUGCCCUUGAAGAUGUUCCAGAAGUUGCAGCAGCUGCAGAAUGUAGCUGCUAGAUUAAUAAAUGCCACAACAAAAUAGGAUAAUGUUACACAGAUCCUUAAAGAGCUGCACAGGAUCCUGAUUUGCUACAAGGACUACGUCCAAAGUAUAAAUCCCUAUAUUUGAAGCCCAAAUAUUUGAAGGAGUGUCUCCCAUUAUCUGCUGUCCCAUGCAAUAAGGUCUGUAGGAGAGGCCCUGCUAGUGUUUCUAUUGGUGAGCAUGGUCCAUUCUACAGUCAAACAAUUCAUGGCUUUCAAUCUGUUGUGGCACCCUAGUUAUGGAACUCACUUCCACUGAAGAUAUAUUUCCCCUACUCUAUCCUUCCUAUGUCAAGUGAAGACUCAUUUGCUUCUCCAAGCUGUGGGCGAUAGGAAGAGUAUGUAAGGUAGUCUGACUUCUGUUGUAAUUAUAUUCUACUGAAAUUCCUUUUUCUGCUUUUAAUUUUGAUGUUUUGAUAUCACCCUGGUGACCUUCAGAUUGAAGGGUGGUUUAGAAAUGUGAUGAUGAUGAUGAUGAUGAUGAUGAUGAUAAUGAUAAUUGUUAUAAAGAAGUUUGUUAUAAAUCAGCAAAUAAAGAACAUGUGUUUUGCUUUAGAACAAAAUGUUAGUCAUAUAAAAAUUAAUGCAAAUAUAAUCUGAGAGCUAAUGAACUGAGCUUGAACUGUGGGAGUGCAGAGGCACUGGGUUGGUGAUUCCCAUGUCCAGAAGAUUGGCCAGUUGCCUAUUCUCAACGGGGUUGCACUUACUCUGGAAAGACACAUUCAGGGUUUGUGGGGGCCCCUGGAUCCAUCUUUGUUGCUGGAAGCACAGGUAACCUCAGUUUCUAGGAGUGCCUUUUACCAGCUCUAGCUGUUACGUCAACUAUGGUGGUUCUUGGACAGAGAUAGUCUGGCCAUUAUAAUGCACCAUUUGUGGCCCACCAAGCCAGGUGCAGCCCAGCAGUAAAUUAUAGAAAUCUUCUAAAUCUCUGAAAGUCACAAAUUAUGCACUCUUGAUGGAUACUCUUGAAAACAUAGAACCAAAUAAACAUAAGUCUUAAAGGUCUCUGAAAGUCUUUGUGGGCUAUGCAAGUCUCUGAAAGAAGCAAUGGGUCAGAUUCUUAUCUGGUGAAAACAAGCUGUAAAGCUUUGUUUUAUGACGUCGAACGCUGCCAAAGUGGUCCGUGAACAGUGAUUCCGGAUAUACCCACUGUUUCGUGGAAUUCUUCAGCACAGCAGAAGGACACAGAAAUGUUUCAUAAACCCAUCUAUAUGGUGAAUGGAAUUGUAUAACAACAAUUGCUAUGGUUACUUACAGCAGUAAUUUAUGGCAGCUCAGCAGGGACAUGAUCAUCUGAGUUGUGUGGUCUGACUGCCAAUGCCUGUUGCCAUUGCCAGGAGCAAUAUUUUAAAAAUUCAUGUUUGUUUUUAGUAUGACAGAACAGUUUUAUACAAAUAUAUCUACAUAUGCGCUCAAGGAACCCUUUAAGAAAAUACAAGAGUUUGGUACCUUGUUUCCUCUGUGUGAUGUUUUGCUAUUCCAGAACAUUCCUCUCCCUGCCAUCUCUUUUCACUUGUUUCCCUUAGGAUUGUAACAUAUUAAAGCAGAAUCCGCUUGCAAUCUGGCCUUCUUGGUUUCAUAACUGCAUUGUCCUUCAUGAUGAUUUCACUCUCGCUCUCCUAAAAGAGAAGAAGAAUUCUCUUAGAACAUGGGUUUCCAAACUGGUCGUGGACCACCAGUGGUCCAUCAGUUUCACUUUAACAUUAAUAUUUAUUUUAAAUUGUAUUUUAUUGCUUCUUUUCCUUCUGUUGUAUUUUACUGUAUUAUAAAAAAGAAACUAUAAAAAUAAAGUUACAAAUCAUACAUCAUAUAGCACAGUGCAUUGCAAUUGCUACAACAGGUUGAAAAAUCAUUAAGUGGUCCACCAAAACCAGUAGCAAUUUUCAAGUGGUCCUUCCUAGGGCAGGUGGGUGAGGAGCUUGGGAACCACUGCCUUAGAAGGCAGGCUAAAAGCUGCUUGUGAUAAGGUUAAUUUCAUUGUCUCCAUUGCCACAUAACAUCCAAAGGAAGUACAGUGGUACCUCGGGUUACAAACACUUCGGGUUACAGACUCCACUAACCCGGAAGUAGUACCUCAGGUUAAGAACUUUACCUCAGGAUGAGAACAGAAAUCACGCAACGGCACGGCGGCAGCGGGAGGCCCCAUUAGCUAAAGUGGUACCUCAGGUUAAGAACGGACUUCUGGAAUGAAUUAAGUUCAUAACCAGAGGUACCACUGUAGCUAAAAUUUAGGGAUUAGGAAUUUAGGGAUUAUUCUGCAACCAGCCUUCACCACUACAUUUGUACAAGUAUAAACAAUUGAUGGUGGUUCAGGGGUAAUGCUUUAGUUCUGUUAAUAAGGAACGAAUAAAUUCUUGGCUAUCGCAUUAAAGGCCUUCACUAAAAUGCUGCUCUGCGAUUCUGUGAUUUAUCAAUUGACUACUGAAUUUGUAAUUUACUAUUGAAUUUAAUGCAUUAAAAUAUUAAAACUGCAUCCUUUUCAUUCUUCUCAAACCAUAAGGACUUGUUUUUUUAAAAAAAGUGAAGAAAUGAAAGUAUUUUUUAACCAAGUCAGUAGUGUUCCAGAAGUGGACAGUGAUCACAAAAACAUAUGCUAAUCCAUCAAAAUAUAUGCUGCAGACUCCCCAGAUACAUCCAUGUCUACUUUCCCCCCUCUCCUGACCUUCUCACCUGGAUAUACACUCAGAGAAAAGACUGCUCAUCUUUUAAAAAUAGCAUUUUCUUUAAAAGUUGUAUGUGCUCACUUAACAACAGCUCUUUGAAGCCUAUUCAAAUAUCCAACAGGAUUUCUGGUAUCCUAAACUGAAACUUUUUUUUACUGCCUUUCAUAAGCAAAGCAACAGGGACUCUGGUUUUCUCCACAGUGAAAACGACUGAAGUCUUCACUAUCCAUUGGCACCAGUAAAUUCAAACUUUUCCUGCAGUGGAAGGGUGCAGCAACACAGAUGGUUUAAAUAUAAUAAUGUCUUUGGUCCUUCCUAGCAAGCAUUUCCCCCUCUGCUCUCUCCAAAAAAAGUAUUCCACCUCCUCAGAUGAACCUUGAUCUUCCAUCCAGUCCAGCUGCCCUCCGGCAAUCCUGUCUCAUGGCCAUUGGCCAAUUGUGAGCUCUUCCACCCCUUUCCUUUAUCUAUCUUUCUCUUAUUCUCUGCUGGAUUUAUCUAGUCUUGCUCCAGAUGCAGGAUCUUUCUUAUAGGGCUUGCCAGAUUCAAAUCUGGAGAAUGCUCACGUAUCUUGAAAUCUGCAGUAGAGAUUCCUCUUGUCUGUUGCAUCCCAGGUCCUGACAACACAUAGCUGCACAGGAGAUCACUGGUAGCUUUGUUCCUGGGGCAAAUAAUGCAAGGGGGAGGGUUUAUUUUUACAAGGAUUACAGUACACAGAGAAAGGCCUAAAUCCCUCCCCCCCCCCUUCAUAGUCCUGUUUCUUCCCUCAGUUGCUUUUAUUUUCGAAGGGGGGGGGGACCCAAGGCAUGUUCAGUGUUCUUCUAAUGUGGUUGCCACUUACAUAGCAGCUUUUAGUAGAUACAAUGCUCUGUGGUCUUAACUUUUGUACCUUUGCUUAACAAACCAGCAGGGCAGAUCUAAUCCAUGAGAUAGUGGGGCCAGUUCCUAAAAAGCAAACUGAUAUCUCACAAGUUACUUCUAGUUUGGUCCUUAGGGAGCAAAUAUGCAGCUACAUUAAAGGGCAAGAAAUUAUAAGUUGUUCAGUUACUGCAUAUAAUUUAGCAUGGGGAGAGGUACUUUCUGGAGUUUUCUUUCCAGAUGUCUUUAGCCAACCCUGCUGCAGUCCUUACUAUUUCUGCUUUAAUAAUAUGAAACGGAAUCUGAGAACCAGAAACUAAUUCAGGGCCAGAUACAAAACAGAACUGAGCUCCUACACCUUCGUGAUUUAUAGAAGAUCAUUUCUAUAUCACUUAAUAUAUAGUGGUACCUCGGGUUAAGAACUUCGUUCGGGAGGUCCGUUCUUAACCUGAAACUGAUCUUAACCUGAGGUACCACUUUUGCUAAUGGGGCUUCCCGCUGCUGCCGUUCGAUUUCUGUUCUCAUCCUGAACCAAAGUUCUUAACCUGAGGUACUAUUUCUGGGUUAGCGGGGUCUGUAACCUGAAUCGUCUGUAACCCAAGGAACCACUGUGUAAGAAUAGAUCUAAAUGGUUUUUUAACAUACUAGGAAACACAAAAUUGCUUCUUUUAAUCAUCAUCACCAUCAUUAAAAUUUCUAUCUUGCCCUUCCUCUCAAAGGACCCCAGGGUUGCAAACACUAAAGUUGUAAAAUAGUACAAUUAAAAUGAAAACCCAUUGAUAAAAUGUAUAAAUACACAAUGAAACAAUUAAACAGCGACUAAAAGUACAGAAAUGCCUGGAACUGUAGAGCUGGAAGGGACCAUGAGGAUAAUCUAGUCCAACCCUCUGUUAUGCAGAAAUUUUUCGCCCGAUGUUGUAGCAUGCAUAAAAGGACCAGUUUCAUGGAUCGGGCAAAGGCAUGGGCAAAAGAUGUCUUCAAAAGAUGUCUCAAGCAGAUGACUGAUAGAUAAAAGUUGUGUAGAAGAAGGAACCCUGUUGAAAUUCCUUCUUCCACACAACUUCUAAAGCUGCAGGGGGCCCUUCCUCUUUUUGCGUUUGGCCACCACCCAACCUGUGCAUCUGUGAUCAUGGAGAGAGCUGGAGCUGACGGGUGCCCCCCCUCCCUUUGUUAGCUAUUUUAUUUUUAUCUGCAUCUAGGACAAUACUUCACAUGGUAUAUGCAUUUGCAAGUGAUUUGUUAACUAGAGCUGUCGCAACAGACACGAUCAAACCAAGAAAAGCUGAGCUGGCUUUCCUUAACUUUCCGCAAACUUCCUGCUCCAUUGGCAGAGGUUUCACUGUGUACCAAUUAUACUGUGUUCUUGCCUUACAAUAAUGUUAUUUUGUUCUAGUUUCCCUUCGAUAUUUGAGGAGCGAUGGGAAGUUAAAUGCUGUGAUCUUCAGCAACGUGCCACUGGCAGAUGGGAAGCGCCGCUCAGUCCUCCUCAGGCUAAGCGGCCUGCAACGUGGCUCCAGCAAAGCCGAAUUGUACGUGGACUGUGUGCAGAUGGAUUCCAUUCAAGAUCUGCCUAAAGCCUUUUUAGGACUGUCACAAAGCUCAGAGGCAGUGGAGUUACGAACACUGCAGAAAAAAGCACAGGUGAGCAGCUGUAGAGGAGUGAUGGAGUCUUCAUGCAGAAGCUCCUCUCAUGUCAGGGUGCUUGCUGAUUGGGUGGAGACACAUGCACUUCAUUUGUCAGGCCCAGGGUGGAGAGGGAGUAGGGGAGAUUCACGAGUUCAUCGGUCAAGUUCUUCCCCUCAGUCCUCUUGAUUCGUGAGUAUAACCUUCCCUUGCAACUGAAGAGCUCUGUGGCUCUACCAGAGAACUUCUUAUAUAUAUGAAAGGAGACCAAUUAGGGUUGCUAAUGCGGGUGGCGCUGUGGUCUAAACCACUGAGCCCCUUGGGCUUGCCAAUCAGAAGGUCAGCUGUUCGAAUCCCUGCAAUGGAGUGAGCUCCUGUUGCUCUGUCCCAGCUCCUGCCAACCUAGCAGUUCGAAAGCACGCCAGUGCAAGUAGACAAAUAGGUACUGCUGCGGUGGGAAGGUAAACGGCGUUUCCAUGCACUCUGGUUUCUGUCAAGGUGUUUGGUAGCGCCAGAAGCGGUUUAGUCAUGCUGGCCACAUGAUCUGAAAAGCUUUCUGUGGACAAAUGCCGGCUCCCUCAGCCUGAAAGCGAGAUGAGCACCGCAACCCCAUAGUCGCCUUUGACUGGACUUAACCGUCCAGGCGUCCUUUACUUUUACCUAACUUUUUUUUACCAGAGAACUUCUUACAUAUAUGAAAGGAGACCAAUUAGGGUUGCUAACUUUUAUUUUCAAGAACUCUGACAUCUCAAACUGAGCCUGUCUCUCUGUGUACUUUUAUGAGGAAAACCAACUUCUCUUUUAGUUAAUUGACUUAAAGUUACGCUAACAUCUAGGCAUGCGCAGUAUUCCUUUUGCCUCUGGCACAAAGCAACUUUAAUUUAUUUUUGAUAAAAAUCAGUGACUCCCAUGAAAGAAAGCGAACUCUCCUUCCUUUUAAAGCAGAGGUUGGAUGUCCACCUGCCAUGUAUGAUCUAGUUGAGAUUCCUGCACUGCAGGGGGUUGGACUAGAUGACCCUUGGGGUCCCUUCCAACUCUACAGUUCUAUGAUUCUAUGUGCAAAGUACCCCAAUCUGCUUUAAAAAAAGAUGCAAUGGAUAGAAAGUGGGGGUGGGGUGGGGAAUACCAGUGGCACAUGGAUUUUUUCCCCCUGGUUUGACAUUUACUAUAUCAUGCCUUUGAUCAAAUGAUCAUCAUUGUAAUUGAAGAAUGCACAUAGAGACAUGCCCCUAAACCUGCACAACCCAGCAGCCCUUCAUUCUCUGGCUGAUGGAUGGGAUCAUAAUGUUCAUGUGUGCAUUCUUUUAGCUCUGCAGUCCCAAGAGGAGCCAAGUGUUCCUUCUGGCAGGAAGUGAAGAAUCAAUUUCUUUGCAGUUGCUUAUUUUAUGGCUGAUGGGUGGUGCAAGGUUGGUCACAACCUGUGAUUCAGGAAUAACCUUCUAGUGUCUCAAGGUCCUGAUGGCAGAGGCCAAAGCUCUAUAGCCCCAUUCUAUCCUGACAACAAGCCAGCCAGAUGAAAUUCCGUCUUGGACAAUAAUCUGGCUGGCCUGUACCUUUUAAGGCAGCCUUCUUUAACCUUGGGCCUCCAGAUAUUGGAUUACAAGUCCCCUGACCAUUGGGCUAAGCUGGUUGAUGGGAGUUCUAGUCCAUCAAUACCUGGAGACACAAGGUCAAAGAACUCUGCCCUAAGGGCAGCUACCUAAUCUCUGCUUGGUAAAGAUACCAAUAUUUUAAGAUACAGGGCACAUGUAAGUUUUCUUAGCUGGUCAUAACCAAAAUGCAUAUCCUUCAGGUUAUUUGGAAGCAACUUUUCCUAUGACUGUUACAGCAAGAACAUUUUCAUUCAUACAACAUAUAGAUGUACAUAUUACUGACUUCUGUGUUAGUAGCAUUUGUACGUCAUCCCCUAAAAAAAAGUUCUUGCAGCUGCCUGUUGUGUUUGUGAAGGUCAUGAAAGGCAUUUGAACUGUUGUGAGCUUUCGAAAGGAGAAGCUGGGAUACCUCUUCCUAAUGUUAUGCCUCCAAAUCUCUUUUGUCAUUGCAGGACACUUUGGAGGAGCUGAAGCUAGUAGUAAAAGGGUCAUUGUCCCAAGUAGCUGGCCUCCAGGACUGUUUUCUUCCACAGAUUGAGCCAGCAGUUCAAUAUCCAGGUAGUUUUUAUAUUACAAAAUAAAUGUGCUUGGCCAUAUGUAAUAUUGUAUUCAGAGCAUAACCAGGUUUCCUAGUGACUAUUUUUAUCCUAGCUGUACUGCAAGAGGAAGCAAAGAUAUACCAUCCUUCCAAGAAAGUCUCCUGUAACUAAGCAGUAGAGUUGCCACGUCUUGCCCUCAACACCAGAUGUUGUACUUUAAUUCUCCAAUUGACGUAUGAGAAAAAGGCAAGGAAUUGCAACUAUAGCACACAUGGCAGAUAGCCAUCCAACCUCUGCUUUAAAAGGAAGGAGAGUCCAUCAUCUUUCAUGGAAGUCUGUUCCAGUGUUGAGCAGUUCUUACUGUCAGACAGUUCUUCUUGAUGUUUAGUCGGGAUCUCCUUUCUUGUAACUUGAAUCCAUUGGUUCAGAUCCUAGCCUCCAGACCAGGCGAAAACAAGCUCACUCCAUCUGCCUUGUGACAGCUCUUGAGAGAUUUGAAGAUGGCUAUCGUAUCUCCUCUCAGUCUCCUCUGUACCAGGCCAAACAUAAACAGCGCCAUCGACUUGUUGUUCCUUAGGUAACUGCCUUAGGAAAUAGGUUAAAUCCAAACCAGAAACAUUAAAGAAACAGCAAAACACACAAACCUGCAUGGAUAGUCAGUAGAGUUUUACCCAAGUUUCAGGAGGCGGAAAUUUCUCAGAAGAGAGUUCUCUGAGGAAAAGCUGUUAUUGGAAUUUCACUUAACUCCAUUUUAUGAAUAGUUUUAGGAGGCUAUUUUUGCUCAGUACCAUAAUGCUGGCAAGGUGUUCAUCUUUUUCAAAAGUUUUGAAACUCAGCAUGAACUCCCCACCUGCAUUUAAGCAUUUUUUGCUGCUUUUGUUUAUUUUAUUUUAUUUUAAAGAGGGAAAUCAAUGCAAAAAGAGCUGGAAAACUGCACCAAGGAUGUUGGGGGAGUUGGAUUUGUGACAUUGCAUCCACCAGCCAAUCAGGCCUGUGCAAAGAUAGACCUUUGACAGCACUGCUUUCCUCUGAGUUUAAUCUUGGACAGGUCUGCACACAAUGUGGCAAAUGCCACUUCAUAGCAGCUCGAUCUCUCGGUGUCUAUCUGUCGGCUGGCUUUUCUUUCCCUGUCCUCCUUUUCUGAGGACAGACAGCAUGGCAGCAGGGGCUUGUAAUAAUCACCACUGGAUAAGGAUGGGAAGUGACUUGAAGGAGGGGCACCAGAGCCUUUUGUCUCUAUGCCAACAAGGUAUGAAGUCAUGCAAAGAAGCUCAUCCUCCUUUCAGGGUAGAUGCGUAUGUUCUUAGAAAAGCAUUGACUUGGCUCGCAUUGUUCUAUGGGCAUGUUUUCUAGCCUUUUUCUAGUAAACCUGUUCAGCAGAUAUCAAAGUAGUGGCCAGAAACAAUUUAAACUAGAUUGCUUUAGCAUAUGUUGGGGAGAAAAGAAUCAUAUCAUCAGUGCAUGGGCGUUUUUGUGUUUUGUGUAUUAGCUGAAAUGAAGUCAUCGGUGGUUGAUCUUGGGAGAGCUGGUGUGUCUUGGAUUUUAAUGCACAGAAUUUUGUAGCAGCUGCUUCUGUUUAGGAGAGCUCUGCACUUUAAGACUGCUGCAUCAAACACCAAUGCCACACAGGGGCCUCAUGUGCAUGUGCUCAAGUGUGUACGAUGCCCACUCUUUACAUGCUUGCUGUGAGGAAUGUCAGUACAACACCAGUGUUUCUUUCAACAACUUUAAUUGUGUGCAUGUGGAGGGGGGAGGAUGACAUGUCAGUGUUCCCACCAUUGCCAUGUGUUGAGAGUUUCCUCCAUGCAUGUAUUCAUUUGUUUAUUUGGGUAUUUCUACACUGCCUUUCAGGGCCACACAGUCCUCAAGGCGGGCCACAUUUUAUUAUACAGAGUGUCAUUGAUGAGUGGCAUUGUCAUUGGUGGAUGGUGACAUCGUUUCCAGUUUUGCUGCCAUCUGCACGUGCAAGGAUGGUGUUGGUAAUGCUUGAUCCAUGAAUGGCUUGCUAACACAUUUAAGCGAUCACUUGAUUCUGUAGAGGUUGAGCUGGGCCUUAAGCUGCAAUGCAAUCCUUGAACUACUAGACCAAGGCUGCUUGGGAGUAAGCCUCAGUCGAACAGUGGGACUUAUUUCCAAAUAAGCAUGCAUAAGAUAGGGCUGCAUGGCUGCAAAACUAAUAAUAAACUAGCUGGAAAUAAGUCUUAUUGAAACUAGUGGAAUCUCAGAGUAAACAUGCGUAGAGACAGAUGGUAAGUUUGCUGAGGUCCAAAUUCUAGGCAAUUGUGAACUUUUAUGAAGUACUUUGGAGGUUAGAUAAGUGUCAAUACUGUUGAGUUUCUGAACUUCUGCAUUACACUUUUUCAUAACUUUCAUUUUAUUAUAGGUGUCUCUACAAGUGACUUUAACAGGCAGUUAUUAGGUCACAUGAUGCAAAUGAACCAAAUACUGGGUGAUGUGAAAGAUCUUCUCCGACAGCAGGUAUAAGACACAUGUUUAUAUAACACUUACUUUGCUGACCACUAGCUAAAUGGGUAUCUUAUUAUUUCUGCCGAAGUUUCACCCAUAAUUAUUAUUAUUAUUAUUUUUUCAAUUUAUAUACCAGCCUUUAUCCAAAUAUCCCAGAGCGGUGUACAACAUUAAAAACACACUACAAGUGAAACUUCUGGGCAAACUUCUUUCCUUUACAUUAAGAAAUAGGUAAUGAAAUAGUCCACUGCAAUUUAAGAGAGAGACUUGGUUGUUUUUGGAUGUGCAUGGCAUAGUUCAUUCCUGAAUCAUACCACUGGCCUCCAUGGAUUAAAUUCUAAGAAAGAUCGUGGCUGAGAGCAUGAAGGAUAUGCUUAACUUUAUAAAGUUAUUUAUGAAUGGUGAUGGCCUGAGCCUGCACACUUUUCCAGACUUGGGAAAAUCAUGAAGACUCCUGGAGCUGAUUUAGUGAUAUGUGAAGGCAAUUACCGUAUUUUUUGCUCUAUAAGACUCACUUUUUCCCUCCUAAAAAGUAAGGGGAAAUGUGUGUGCAUCUUAUGGAGCGAAUGCAGGCUGCACAGCUAUCCCAGAAGCCAGAACAGCAAGAGGGAUUGCUGCUUUCACUGCGCAGUGAUCCCUCUUGCUGUUCUGGCUUCUGAGAUUCAGAUUUUUUUUUCUUGUUUUCCUCCUCCAAAAACUAGGUGCGUCUUGUGGUCUGGUGCGUCUUAUAGAGUGAAAAAUACGGCAAAUGAGGCAAGGCUGAGCUCAGGCAUGUGUCUACAGUUCACUCCAAAAACAUUUAAAGCCCAAUUAAAGUUUAAGCCUUGCAUUAUUAUUUUUGUUUGAAGGCCGAUGGGAUUUUUGAGCUGCGGUGAGCACUAUCUGCUCUAAGUAGUUCAGCUAAAGAUAGCAGGAGGUUAAAAUAUGAAAUCAUAACUGUUUACAUGGAGAUGACUUGUCAUAAGGUCCAGUAUGGACAAUUAUGCCAAAAACAGUACCAAGUAACUGUUUUGAAAAAUUAGGCAGUAUUAUUGGAUAGGUUGUAUAAUGUGCAUUGUCUGGUUUUUCUGGUGGCAAUUCAAGAAAAACAAGCCCGAUGAUUGUAUUUAUUUUAUAUAAUUCAAAGGUUAAAGAAACAACAUUUUUGAGGAACACAAUAGCUGAAUGUCAAGCAUGUGGUAAGCACUUUUGUAUUUCCUGAUUUAAGAUAUGAUGGUAUAAACCAAAUCAUCAAACCGAAAAAGCAAUAUUUGUUGUCCUUAGCCACACCAAUUGUGAACACUUCCUUUGAAGUAAGGUCUACUGAAUUUCGUAGGAGUUCCAAGUAGACAUAGGAGGAAAUUCAACAUGCUUAGGUGUUUGUUCCAUCAGGGCUAGCAUUUUGGCUCUCCUACACCCCCCCCCCACUUUUCCAGGGGUUCUCCUUAUUCCCCCCUGAGCUAAUAUCAUGGUAUCAUGGGGGGAAAGCCUUGCUGAACAAGUGGAAGUCCUUGUGCAGAGCUUCUGCUGGUGGGACUCAAUAGUUGAGUUUUUAACUGACUGAUUGGCAAGAUUAAAACAAUAUACCAUCCCGUUCUAUGCAUGCUUACUCAGAAAUAGUUGCCACAGUAGCACUCCUCCAUUGUCUCCCGAGACAGACAGAUUUGUCAACCAACCAUUCAGUGAGGCUUACCCCCAGGUAAUUGUGCAUAGAACUGGAGCUUAAAUGAUUGAGAGUAUUCUUCAUAUUCAUAUUCAUAUUCUUCAUAUUCUUUUGAAUAUACUGAUUGCCUGAACACCAAACAGAAAAUAACCCAGUUCUAGGUAGUUUUGUUUUCUGCAUGUCUCAACAGAGGACAUACCUGUCAGCACAAACAACAAAUAGUAUUUCGGCACCUUUGAACAUUAAAAUUUAUUACGGCAUAAGAUUUCAUGGAAUUUAUUCCACAGGAAUGGAAUCAUGCCAUAGUAAAUUUGUUAGCCUUUCAUACUUUUUUUUUGGUUCUGGGGUGCUGCAAAACUAUCAGCCCAUUUGCUCUUAAACAGAAAACAAGAGAAGUCAUGAAGACAACCUUGAAAUGACUUGUCCCAUGCAGAAUUCAGAGCCACACUUUUCAGAUUCCUUACACAGUUAUUACUUUCAUGUAGAAUGUGCCUUGAUUUUUUGUGCAUUGUUGUGAGACAAACACACGUGUAUACCCCCACCCCUGGACAGGCAGGGCUGGCAUCAAAAGUCAGUAUUGUUGAGCGCCUGAUGGGGCCAGCACCACAGAUGGUGUGACCCCCAGAUCCCUAUAGCCCUUUUCCUCAUUCCCUUGCUAUUGCCGCUUGCUUAUCUGGCCUCUCUAAGCAUAAGAGCAGUGGCAAGAGCAAAGAGGAUUGGCAACUUUCACUUGGUUUGCAGGCUCCUUCCGGUCAGAUUGCACUUGGAGGGAGUUGGGCACUGGCGACACACUCACUGCACACAGCCUGCACCAAGGUCUUCACCGAAUCUGGAGCCAACAAUGGUAGCUGGUCGUGGUGGUUACUGUAGUGUGUGCUAGAAGCAAAAUAGAUACACAAUUAUCUCAGAAGAUAUCCAACCCAACCAGAGGAUUGAUCCACUGCUAUGCGUGGUGCAAAUGUUCAGCAUUUACCUCAGGAUUUACUGAUCAGCAGCUGAUUACUAAAAAAAUAAAUAAAUUGCUCUACCUCCAAUCACAGGUUUGGGAGCUGGAAAUUUCCCCACACCAUCCCCACCGCCCCCUAAGCCCAAAUGUGAAGCCAACACUUGUUUCCGAGGGGUGCGAUGCAUGGACACGGCAGAUGGAUUUCAGUGUGGGCCUUGUCCUGAAGGCUUCACUGGAAAUGGAGUUAUAUGCACAGAUGUUGAUGAGGUAAAAUGUUAUUUAAAAGCACCCAUGUGAGAAAGGAGAGGUUCAGCCUAUGAAUUCUGGAUCUAGAAAAAUCCAAGAUGUCUCAUCAAUUGAUGAUCAAGGGUAAAUAAAUUCCUGGUGCUCAGAGUGAGUCCCCUUUCUCUUGGUAUUACGUUAGAAAACGAGUGGGCAACCUGUGGUGCAGGGACCACAUGCAGCCCUCAGGCUGGUUUAACAUGGCCUGGGGGGCUAUUUGGCUUAUGUCCCUUUCCUUCCUUGUUCUAUCUCCAUUGCAAGAGUAAGAGAGAGACAAGGGUGCGGGGGCAGGAGAAAAAGAUGAUAAAGAAGUAGGGGAAAAGGUAGAGGAAACACACUAUGUUUACUAAAGCCAUGACUGCUCUUACUAUAAAUUACUAUUAUUAUAACUCCUACCCACUGCUCAUUCUGUCCCAUGCCCAUUUCUUGUGAGGUUACGUUAACCCUCUAGAGAAAAAAGCUUGCCUACUCCAGUGUAAGAAGUAUUUGUUGGAACAUAGGCUUCCAGCAAAUGUCCAAAUGGACUCUUAACUUUGCUGGCUGAAACCUAUAUAAUUAGUACAUUGAAUCACUUUGCUGGUUUGCCUUUUAGUGCCGGUAUAAUCCAUGCUUCCCAGGGGUGAGAUGUGUGAAUACAGCUCCAGGUUUCAGAUGUGAGGCCUGCCCAUCAGGAUACAGUGGGCAAAUCAUUCAAGGAGUGGGAAUCAACUCUGCCAAAAAUAACAAACAGGUGUGUGAUCUCAUUGCAAUCCAUCAAAAGCUAGUAAAAGUCUAGCUCUGUAUCUGUUUAUGGGUGCACUGCACAGCUGAAUGUAUUUCUCUUAAAGAUCUUAACAGAUAUGUCUGUAAAAAUGUCUGCGCUGCUUCCGAAUGUAUGGCAAAAUAAUGCUGGCCUAACUAAAGGCAGUAUUAAUAGGUUUAUUCGUGGACAGAGCUGUGGCUUUUCUGGAAAAAGAUUCCCAUGAUUUGCACUGGAAAUUUUUCAGUUUGCAUUAGAAAACUUGCCAUAGAGCAGGACCUACUUUAGCACACUUAUUUUACUUGAAACUGCCAAACAUGCCAAAUAUUGUCUUUGCAACUGGUAUCCAUUCAUUGUUACUAUCGAACUUCUAAAAUGGAAUGUUUUCCAUUACACCAGCUCAGCAGCUACAGCAGAGAUUAGUUGACCUAUCUACUACUCAAAGGACCUUUUGCUGUUCUUUUUAGACUAUUUCACAAUUGCAUUAACACCAUAUUAAAAAAACAAACCAAUAAAUUUUAACAGAUUUAUGCUAGUUAUUUUAUGCUUUAAUAACUGACUCACUGUACCUAACUUGUUUUUGUUUUUAUUGUGUUAGAUCUGCUUGGACGUAGAUGAAUGUCAGAACAAUGGAAACGGGGGCUGUGUUCCCAAUUCCCAGUGUGUAAACACUGUGGUAAGUACAUGGUUAUGUCAGAUUGUCAUUCUGCAUGUUUGAGGAGCUGUCCCAAAACAAGGGGACAGUUCACACAAACCACCGUCAAGUGAUUAUAAAUUCAGUGGCACAACAUUCACUUAAAUGCCAACCACAUAACGAUUGUGUGAAGCCAGCAGAUAGUUAUGUAAUCCCGUUCUGGUCCCCUUCCACUUAACGACGUUAUCCAGUGUGUUCCUCUUCUGCCAUCUGUGAAGAAGGGAAUUCCAAUUCAUGUGGUUGCAACAAGAAAGACAUAUUAUACUAAUCAGAUACAUUAACAAGAAAAACAGUUUCCCUGUGCAAACCAAGAGAGACAUAGGAAACUGCCUUGUAUGAGCUCAGAUUCUUUGUCCAUCCAGCCUGAUAUUGGUUAUUCUGACAGCUAGUAGCUCCUCAGCAUUUUCAGCACCUGCUACUGGGUCUUUCCCCCUGGGAGAUGCUAGGGAUUGGCCUCAGCAUCUUCUGGGAGCUAACAAUGUGCUCUGCCACAUGUCUUUCAAGUGCCCAAGGAUGGGCCUUGGUGGGUGUAAUACUAGGUCUGAGUUUACCUUUUUUUUGCAUAAAGUUCUCAGUAAGAGAUUUCAAAUAUCUGUGCAGACUUUAAUGAAGUGCCUUUUGGAACCUCAAGAAACUCAAAGUGGACCAUGGGUAUUACGUGGUCCCUCCCCCCCCCCCCCGCCCCAGUGUAAAUUUCUCCCUCUCUUCUUAACCACAGGUUUAUUCAUUAAGUAUUUAUAACCCACACAUUUAUAAAAAAAUAUAUCAAGGCAGUAUACAGCAUAUUGGAAUAGACUCCCUGUGCUUGGCUUCCAAAAUUAAACAAAUCAGUGACACCACUGUUGUGAGAAAGUUUUCUUAUCUUGAAGCAACAAACAGAAAGACACUUUAAUCAAUUAAUUGUUUAGAUCCACCAAUUUACAUUUUGUGGAAGGAUUAAAAAGUUACCUUCAAUUAAUCAGGCGGCAAAUCUUUUAAAAUAUGCAUUAUUUUUAAUACCUUUUUUUAAAGGGGGUCUAUUAAAACACUACAUUUUUAAAAAAAGGAAAAUAAAGAAGUGUAGAUGUGUUAAAACAUUCUCUCUCUCAGAGGAAAGAAUACCUUUUUUAAAAUUGUUCCUCCUACAAUACGUGCAUGGACCAUUCACAAAAACAGUGCCUGACUGGCUUAUAUGCUUGUUUGCUUCCAUCAAAGGGCUCGUUCCGCUGUGGGACAUGCAAACCAGGUUUUACUGGAGACCAGGUCAGGGGAUGCAGGCCUGAAAGGAGCUGCAGGAAUCAAGCUCUGAACCCUUGCAGUAUCCAUGCACAGUGUGCUGAAGUACGGCAAGGAGACAUCUCAUGUAUUGUAAGUUGAUGACCUCACAGAUUUGUUUUCAUUUGAUCCCAGAGCAGCAAAUCCUAUUUUGACAUUCUUCAGUAAAACCAUGUUCUGUAAUUAAUUAAUUCAAUUUUAAAAAUGUAUUGUGCUAUCCUUUUGGGGUGAGCCAUAGUUCUCAAUAUAUAUAUUAAAAAAUGCAAUUAAUUUGACAAUACGCUCUAAGCAGGACAUCUUAAUCAUAAGAUUAAGAUAAUUAAUUAAUUAUAAGAUUAAGAUAAUUAAUUAACAGCACUGCGUAUGUUUGUAGAAUGACUUCCUCAGCCUGGCUUUAUUUUGUAAUACUUUUGCUCACAGUGUGGUAUUGGCUGGGCUGGCGAUGGCUUUGUGUGCGGAAAAGAUAUCGAUAUUGAUGGCUAUCCUGAUGAAGAACUUUCAUGCUCAGCUGAGAGUUGCAGAAAGGUAAGAUCUAAGAGGGCAGGCACCUUAUCUCUCAAGUCUUCUUCAUUUUAAAUCCCAGCACAGGGAAGUGCACAGGAGGGUGAGAAACAGAGCAAACAUGAGUCAGCAACAUAUUGCCUAUGGACACACAUGGUCUUCUAUGACACCUGCACUCUUCCGCUUAUGAAAUUAGGCUUGGAGAAAUUAACUCUUCCCUCCCCAGCUGCUCUUUCCAGGAUGGUCACUUGUCAACUAGGUUUUUCCAAAAGCAAAAACACUUCUUCAAGCUUUAAAUGCUGGUGGGGAGGGGUUAAAUGAAUGUGCAUGCAGGUGUAUGGCUUCAUCAUGAUGCCCAUAAUAGUUUUGGCAGUUUGCAAAUAUGCCCACAGCUUGCAACCCAUGAUCAAAAGCAUGGGUUCUAGAUCACCACCUUGUUUUUCCCCCAUAGGACAAUUGCAAGGUGGUUCCAAACUCUGGACAAGAAGAUGCUGAUGGAGAUGGAAUAGGAGAUGCCUGUGAUGAUGAUGCCGAUGGUGAUGGUAUUCCAAAUGAUCAGGUACUGGUUAUAGAUAUUAUUUAACUGUGUAAUUUACAUCCCUCCCAUACUCAAGCAGCAGGAUUGUAAGCUUCAGUCUUUAUAUCAAGCCCCUGCACAGCCUCUAGUGCAUCAAUGGCCUUUUGCCAUUUACUUAGAUCAACACAACAAGCAACCUAUGGUUACGUGAAACAUACUCAAUAAACACACAAGAUGUAACUGGCUGUACUUUUGAAUAAAUAUUCAUUGUAUUAAAUUGUAUAUUUCAACAGAAGUCUCAUAAAGUUCAACGAAAAAAGCAGAAGACCCAGUGGAUCAGUUCAUUCUCUAGUCAGUUCAUGCAUAAGGUCCAUACAUGUAAUAGUAUCUAUUCCACCUGUCUGUUCAAAGAGUCCAAUAAUCCACAUGAAGGGUUGUUACAGUUCCACAGAAUCCUUUCACAGAGUUUAAGACAAGGGUUUCCGGAAUAUUAGCCUUGUUUCGCCAUCCUAGGCUUCAUCAGUAGAACAGGCUCAUAUGUAAUAUUACAGGAUAGUGGAUCUUACAGCAUAGUAAUGGUCUUCUGCUGUUUUCGUUGAACUUUAUGAGACUUCCAUUGAAAUCUACAAUUUGAUGCAAUGAAUAGUAUACCUUAUUUAUUCAAAAGUACAGCUGGUUACGUCUUGUGUGUUUAUUGAUUAUUUACUUAGAUCAAACAGGUCUAUCUGUAUGCAGGACUCGAUUAGACAUAUAGAACGGUAACAGAUAUCGAUGGGGGAGCAUUUCAGUCUCCCAGGACAUGGUAUAGCAGACCUUGUAAGAGUUGCCAGGCAUCAUCAUCAACAACAAAGUUUCAAAAGGAGAUUCCCUGUGUGAACCCACUGAGCUGAAUUCAUCUGCAAAUUCAUCACUUGCAAAACCAAAGUCAGCAGAGAGUGAUGAUGAUGAGUGAUCCUGCUCCAGUGAGACUGUAGCCCAGAGCACUUUGCCUUUCUCUGUUUCAGGACAACUGUGUACUAGCUUCUAACGUUAAUCAGAGAAACAGCGACCAAGAUAUCUUUGGUGAUGCUUGUGACAAUUGCCGUAUGGUCUUAAACAAUGACCAGCGAGACACGGACGGAGAUGGCAAAGGUGAUGCCUGUGAUGAUGACAUGGAUGGAGAUGGUGAGUACAUCUUCGCCUGUUAGAUACCCUCUCUGUUCUGCACUUGAAACUGGCACAGGAGGCACCUAGCAUCAAAGCUUGCAUUUUCAGCAUUGACUUUUUAAGCAGCUGUAGCACAUUUUAGGCCCCACUUACUCAACACAGCUCUCAGCACCCCAAAGAGCUGCUUCUGAAGGCUAGGAGGCAGCAACAACAUCAUGAGGUCCUGUAGUCACAAAUGACAAUUAACAAAGCCCUCUUCGGCUCCUGGCCUAUUUAAUGUCAUUGUGACAAUUGUGAUCUUUGUGGUGAGUUCAUCUUUUCUUUUUAUAUGUGGAGAGUGAGCUUUUAUUUACCACAGCCGAUUUACCUGCAACCACUGCAACCAAAUAUCUGUACUAUACUGUUAACUAGGUUUGGCUAUAGCCCGUAACUAUAUAACCCAGAAGCUGUGGUAUUUUAGAUGUGGUACAAAAGCAGCCAUACACACAUCAUUAAAUAAAAGUAGCAAGAUAUCAUUUGUAUAUUUUUUUAAUUAAAAAAACCCUAUACAUAUAAAGUAACAGUAACACUAGCUGGUUACUGUUUAAGACUGGCUUACGUUUUCUGUUGUAAGGUUGCUGUAUCUUUAACAGUUACAGAGGUUUACAUAAGGCUGGCUGGUAAAGAGAAGUUCCUAGCACUAUUUAACCUAUAUGGCAAUUACUCAGUCGAUCCCACCGCCAGGUACUGUGGGCUUCACCUGGUUUCCUUCAAGCCAGGCUAGCAGGCAGAUCUCAUUCUGAUCAUCUUCAGAAGCUCCUUGCUGAAUUCUCCUUACUGUUCAGUGCCCUUGUAUGGCCACAUGGCCAAUCUUUGGCUUAAGCCAGUGAUUCAGCUCUUUGGGGGCAAAUUAUACUACCAGGCUUUUCUUUCGCCUCGAUAACCUCUUUUCCAUCUUGCUUCAGCUCCAGUCUAGACUUCAGCUUUCUCCCUCAGCUUAUUCUCAGCUAGUCUCAUCCUAAGUCAUCUUCUUCAUUCUUGUCUUCCUCUUCUUCAUCUAUUUGCUCUUCUUUCUCUCUCUCUCAACAGUAGUAGAAUAGGCCUAUUUAUCUUCCAGCCACGCUGUCCUUCAACACAUCAGAUUUGAGUGGCAUAUAAGUCUUCCCCUUAUCAGGCCAUUUUUGCCAUUGAGUGAUUUACCAAAAAUUUCUACCUAGCCAGCCACUCAGAACUGCAAUUUUACAAUACUCUCCUUAAGAAUCUAGUCCCUCCCCCCAGUCUUAUGUAAGUAAAUAAAAGCCAACUGUCAGUCACCAACAGAUAUCUAGGACAUCAAAUUUAACCCUUUACAUGACCCCAUAUACAUAGACAUUGUAUCUAAACCCAACCCUGUUCUAGUAAACUUUUUUUUAAAAAAACAACUUCUCCGCAAUCCUCAUUACUACAGUGGUACCUCAGGUUAAGUACUUAAUUCGUUCUGGAGGUCCGUACUUAACCUGAAACUGUUCUUAACCUGAGGCACCACUUUAGCUAAUGGGGCCUCCUGCUGCUGCCGUGCCGCCAGAGCACGAUUUCUAUUCUCAUCCUGAAGCAAAGUUCUUAACCCGAGGUACUAUUUCUGGGUUAGCAGAGUCUGUAACCUGAAGCGUAUGUAACCUGAAGCGUAUGUAACCCGAGGUACCACUGUACUGUUGUUUUGUAUCCUUCCUCUUUUCCAAAGAGCUCAGAAUUAUAUGUGGGACUAUCCCAUUUCAUCCUCAGGCAAUACCUUUGAGGCAGAUUAGGCACAGAGAUCCCAACAAGCCCAAGAAUUGCCAGUAAAUCUAAUGGCCAAGUAGCAAUUUGCAACAAGGUCUUCCUUGGUCCACAUCUCAUCUGCUAUCCAUUAUGCCACGCUGACUCUUUGUUUCUGGCCUUAUGAGUUGCUAGAGUGAUGCAAAGCCAACAUUGAUUUUGUGUCAUCGUUUCAUUCAGGUAUUAAGAACGUUUUGGACAACUGUCAGAGGGUCCCCAAUCGGGAACAGAAAGACAGAGAUAAUGAUGGUGUGGGUGAUGCUUGUGACAGCUGCCCAGAUAUUAGCAACCCAAAUCAGGUGAGCAACAGCAGGAAAAAAAGCCAUAGGCCAGAGUAGGCAACCUGUGACCCUCCAGAUAAUUUUAGACUAUGAUUCCCAUCAUCCUUGGCUAUUGGCCUUGCUGACUGGGGUGAAUGGGAGCUGGGGUCCAACAACAUCUGCAUGGCACCAGGAUGGGGAAUCAAAGUAUUUGGUUAUUAGUGGAAGCAAAAAUGGAACUGUCAAUUUAAGAUUAUGAAAAUUUCAAGUGUGGUGUUCCAGUUCCAUUGUGGCAGUAAAUAUUUAGAAAGAAAAGUACAGCUCUGUUAAACUUUAGUAUGAACUAUGAUGACUACGGUAAUGCUGUAGUUAUUGUUUUCCUGUAUGACACAAGUCUUGAUCUGACAUUUAAUCAAUCCAUGCAUAAAGGUGUCCAGAAAACCCAAAAGGUUUGCUACCUCAGCCUGACUGGUAGCAGGUGUCUAAGAAUCUCUGGAAGUGGCUUUUUCCCAGUUCUGUACCUGACAGCCAUUAUUUGAAGGUGUCAGAUCGAACAUGGGACUUCCUCCUUUCAAAACAUGUUCUUCACUCCUGAGCCCUCAUUUGUGCAAAUCACUGAGAUAAAGCCCAAUGCCAAUAAAUGUUCUCACUGAAUAAAUAGCCAUAGGGAUUAAAUGUCAAUCUUCUUUAAUUGCAAAAGCAAGCAAACAAAGAAACUGAAAAGGAUUUUAUGCAGGGGGAUCUCUCGAAGGAUAAAUAAUCUGUGCCUAUAGAAUACAGAAUUGUAUGCACACCUGGGAUCCAAUCCAUCUUUCCACCUUUUCAGAUAUUAAUCCCCUGCUAAUACAGAUUAUUGAAAGAUGUGUGUUGAAUUUUAAUGACUUCCAGCAAUGUAAUUUUAUAUUUUCCCCUCUCUGCAAUUUAGUAAUUUAAUCUUGUUCUAUUUCUGUUUACAGUCAGAUAUUGAUAAUGAUCUGGUAGGAGAUUCCUGUGACACCAAUCAAGACAGGUAGGGUAAAUUUUAAUCAGAAUCAAAUUCAUCCUUGUUAUGAUGCUGCUGGGAGGUAUUUAACUAACCUGCCCCAUCACUGCAAAUUUUUAUUCUUGUGUAAUGGGACAUGCCUGCACCCUCUCUCAAUCUGCUCCUGAUGUAGGGGGCAUGUGUCAGGGGGGAAACAUUCCCCUGCACAAGCAGAUAUCCUUGAAAUGAUGAAACAUUCACUUUGUUGGAUUCCAUCCACUAAUUUCACUGAAAUUGCACCUAUGUCUCUACCAAGGUAAAAGUUUAGCUUAAAUUAUUUUCAAUACACUGUACUCAUUAUUGGAACCAAUGCAGAUUUACAAUCUAUUUCCACAAAUCAUCUCUUUUCAUAUAUGUUAAAAGCACCCUCACAGGCUGAGGCAGAUAGUGAUUAAACUGUCUCAUAACCAGUUCACCUCCCCAAGUUACUAUUUGCCCAGCUAUGGAAUAGAGAGGUGUGAGGAUGUCCUUUGAGAAAAUAGCAUAGGAGAAAGAGUUAGCCACCCCCAGCACUGCAAGGCUCACCCCCUAGCUAUUCCUUUUUAAAUUAAUGCCGUUAUUUAAAGCAGAAGAGCAAUAAAGCUCAUUUCAAUAACAACUGCAUGAUGGUGUAUAGAAAACAGGGUUUUGUGUGCCAAAAGUGCAUGGAAACAAAUACAGCAAAAGACCAUUUGGGCUUUACUUCAUACAAGUAAAAUAAGCAAAUAUUGUCAGAAGGGUUGAAAUCAUUUGCUGGAUCCCUCCAUUCUCAGUAAUACAUCAAGGAUGGUAGUCAUUAUAAACCUAACUGCGGGAAUUACUUCCCUUAUGGCUAAAGACCUCAAUUUAGGCUGCUGAGUGUUUACCAGUGUUAGGACAGGAAUAAACAUCAGUGUUUCCCUUCAUGUCUAGUUCCAGCUUGUAGUAACCUCAGAUAUAUUCUGGUUAGAGAAGAUUCAAGAAGUUCCCUGAGAUCAUGUGAAUAUCUCCAAUUGUUUCCUCAAAUAAGGUGGUUUUGUCUCCUAGUACUAACUGUCACAACAAACCUUCAUUAGAGGCCUUCCAGUGUAACAAUGGAUACAGGAAAACAAACAAGCAUUCCUUGUCGGUAGUACAAGAAGUAGUAGCCAACACUCCUAUUACUUAGAAAGAUAGAAAUAGGAACUAACACAGGGUGUUUUUGCUUUUACCCCCUUCUUUACUCCCAGCGAUGGGGAUGGACACCAAGACAGCACCGACAACUGUCCCACAGUCAUUAACAGUUCCCAACUAGACACCGAUAAGGAUGGGCUGGGGGAUGAGUGUGAUGAUGACGACGACAAUGAUGGAAUUCCAGACCUUGUUCCUCCAGGCCCAGAUAAUUGCCGGCUUGUUCCUAAUCCAGGACAAGAAGAUGACAACAGUAUGGCAGACAUUUCUUAUUCUUUCUCUUUUUACCUCAGUUUUCUUUUUAAUGCACAACAUAUGGUGACGAUAUGGUGCCUUCUAAUCCUCAAAGGAAGCUGAUGAUUUCCUUUGAUCAUAAGGAACCUAUAUUUUCCAGAACUGAGCUUUGCUUUGACCUUGAAUAAGUGUCAACCAAGGGAUUGGCUCUUCUGGAUCGAAUCCAGAAGGGACCUACAACUAAUUAGAAACACCACAUUUCCCUCUUGGUAUCCACUCUUGAAAACAGAGCAUUUCAGAGCUAGUUAUGUGACCAGGCUCUUACCAGCUUCCUUAAGAAAUGCCUUUAUUGAGCUUUAUUGACUGGAACAAUAAACUUGUAUUGAAUAGAAUUGAAUAUAAUGGAUGAUUAUAAGGCGCAAGGGCCAUUUUAUCCAUAGUAGGAGCAGAAAGUUUUCCUCUUGUGCAGACAGUCCUGUGUAUCUCAGGUUCUUUUGCAGAGCAGAGGUCUGUCUGUCAAACCAGACUCUACCACAAGUGUGAAAAAUUUCAUUCAGGUUACAAAAGGCCAUGAGAGGGCAGUGGUGGUAAGGUUUGGUAUGAAGCACAUUAAGUCAAGGCUACAUGCUCUUAAUGAAGCCCAAUAAAAUUAAGAUGUAAAGACCAAACAACACUUGUAAUUGUAUAAAGGUAAAGGGACCCCUGACCAUUAGGUCCAGUCAUGACCAACUCUGGGGUUGCGGCGCUCAUCUCGCUUUAUUGGCUGAGGGAGCCGGGGUACAGCUUCCAGGUCAUGUGGCCAGCAUGACUAAGCUGCUUCUGGCGAACCAGAGCAGCACACAGAAACGGCGUUUACCUUCCCACCAGAGUGGUACCUAUUUAUCUACUUGCACUUUGAUGUGCUUUCGAACUGCUAGGUGGGCAGGAGCAGGGACCGAGCAACGGGAGCUCACCCCGUCGCGGGGAUUUGAACCACCGACCUUCUGAUCAGCAAGCCCUAGGCUCUGUGGUUUAACCCACAGUGCCACCCGCAUCCCCUUGUAAUUGUAUAAAUGGGUAUAAAUUGCACCCGUUUAUUUUUGGGUGAUUCAUUCAGAGUAACCACAGUUCCCCGAUUUUAUCCACAAACAUGGUUAGAACCCACAUUUUAUACAUCAGUAUGCACUUCAAGUGUAACCCAAAGGGAACACAGGCUCUUCCUGUGCUUCUGGUCUGAAGUACCAGGGCAGUGAUUCACCAGCUGCUACACCUUUGCUUUGUUCACUUCAUAGCAAGGCAGCUGCUGCUUCUCACCUAUUUUCACCAGGUGGUGUCCAAAUGGCUGCCCUACCUGCUUUAUAGUAGUUAAUGAAACCUGAAAUGGAUUCAGUUCAUAAUCUGACUUCAACCAGAGUCUCCUAACAUGAUGUACAACUCUGUUUAAUUCAGUCCUCAGGAUUGCUUACACAUCACUCAAAUGCUUCUCUUUGGUUUUAUCUCUUGGUACCUGGCCAUUACUAGGGUUGCUCCACCCCUCCUCCCUUUCACUGUUAAAGGCAAUUAGAAAUUGGGCCUGAUGCAAUUCCUGCCUAUCUAUGAGCUUGGCAAAUGAACAUAAGUAUUUGUUUCCCCCUGUUAACUGCUGCUGAAACAGCUGUUUUGUGAAAACAGCUAUCAAAUCACAUCCUUUGGGUGUUGUGUUCAUGUGUCCAGGUGAUGGAGUUGGUGAUAUCUGUGAAUCAGAUUUUGAUCAAGACACAGUGAUAGAUAGGAUUGACGUUUGUCCCGAGAAUGCAGAGAUCACCCUGACAGAUUUCAGGGCUUAUCAGACUGUCGUCCUGGAUCCAGAAGGGGAUGCUCAGAUUGACCCUAACUGGGUGGUUCUGAACCAGGUAAAACAUUUUUUAAUAUCUAAAAGCGUCCAGGAAUGAUAGGCAGGAAAAAGCAACAAAGAUUUCUCUCAAAACUUGGAAGAAUAAGGGUGUUAAUGUUGAAAUGUGGUUGUGGGGGGGGUUGCGGGAGGGUACUUAUUGGAGGAAAACAAUCUGGAUAUUUUUGGCAAAGAACAUAAAUGUGCUGGACUCACAAGGUGACACAUGGAUGAGCAUUGAUAAUGAAAGUGGUCUUUAUCCAUCAUCUUGGGCAUGACUUAAUAAAACAUCCUUAGACUAGCUUCAUGAAUUAUAUUGCUUAUGUUUCAUAGGGCAUGGAGAUUGUGCAGACCAUGAAUAGUGAUCCUGGACUUGCUGUAGGUAUGUGAGUUAUUUUUUUUUGUAGACACUCACACAGCAGCUCACAAGCAGAAAUGGAUUAAAACUAUUUGCUCAAAAGAUGCCUAUAGUGAUCCCCAGUGUGCAGCCUUCAUCCAGCUUCAGGAUGCUUUGGUCUAUAGCCUAGUGCUAGAAGCAUUAAAUCCCAGAUAAAAUCCUCCAGCAUUUCUGGCUAACUGCAGGCCUGGGGUCUGGAGCAGUGGAUUGGACCUUUUGCAUCUAAAGGAAGAACAUGUAUUGAAUUUUACACUUAUAAUUGGUUUGGACUUGAUGUGUAUACCUAUACAUUCGAACAGGUUACACAGCUUUCAACGGAGUUGAUUUUGAAGGCACUUUCUUUGUCAACACGGCAACGGAUGAUGACUACGCCGGCUUCAUUUUUGGUUAUCAAGACAGCUCCAGCUUUUAUGUGGUGAUGUGGAAACAGACUGAGCAGACCUAUUGGCAGGCAACUCCGUUUAGAGCUGUUGCAGAACCUGGGAUUCAGCUGAAGGUACAGGCUUGAGCCAAAAUGACCCAAAUCUCAUUAAUGCUGUCAUCUAGCGUUGCACUAAGAUGGAACUGGCAGGGCGUUUGUAUGAUGUGGUUUCUAACGUUCGUUUAUUUGGAUGUGUGUGCCUGGUUCCAUUACAGAAUAGGAAAAGAAUUAAAACUUCUGGUUUUUCUCAUAAUACUCGGAGAAAUGUUAUUGUUAUUAAAGGAGAUUUCUUAUUUUUGACUUGUCUUUGUACUUGUGUUCUGUGUAGGCUGUUAAAUCAAAAACUGGGCCUGGAGAACACCUCAGGAAUUCACUUUGGCACACAGGGGACACUAAUGAUCAAGUCAGACUGCUUUGGAAAGACCCUCGAAAUGUAGGCUGGAAGGAUAAAGUUUCCUAUCGCUGGUUCUUGCAGCACAGACCUCAGGUUGGGUAUAUUAGGUAAGGCGAUGGGCAAAGCAGGAUACAAUGCAAUUCUUAGUGAACAUCUAUUGUGGUCUAUGUGUAUACUUAAAAAUGCAAUACUGUCGUACCUUGGUUUUCGAACAGCUUAGUUCUCGAACGCCACAAACCCGGAGGUUCUGUUCUGGUUUGUGUACUAUUUUUGGAAGCCGAACGUCCAACUGGGCUUCUGAUUGGCUGCAGGAGCUUCCUGCAGCCAAUUAGAAGCAGUGCUUUGGUUUCCUAACGUUUUGGUAGUUGAACGGACUCCCGGAAUGGAUUCCGUUCGACUUCUAAGGUACGACUGUACAGUAUGUGAAAGCAAAAAACAAACUUCUGUUUCACGAUACACACUACCAUACGUUUGUGUAUACAGUGGUACCUCGGGUUAAGUACUUAAUUCGUUCUGGAGGUCCGUUCUUAACCUGAAACUGUUCCUAACCUGAGGUUAAGCUAAUGGGGCCUCCUGCUGCCGCCGCACCGCCAGAGCAUGAUUUCUGUUCUCAUCCUGAAGCAAAGUUCUUAACCUGAAGCACUAUUUCUGGGUUAGCGGAGUCUGUAACCUGAAGCGUAUGUAACCUGAAGCGUCUGUAACCCGAGGUACCACUGUAAAUGUAGUUCUAAUGAUGGUAAUGGGUUUGCUUUUUAUUUUAUUUUAUUGGUUUCCAGUUUUUGCCCAGUACCUGAAUAGUCUGUUGCAACUAUUAAAUAUUGUAUGUAGAACAUGCUAUCCACCCCAAGCCUUCAUUCGGGAUAUACACUUAAUUAAAGUUCUUCUUACUUUGCUUUAAGCAACAGUGCCCUUCUGCUGCCUGAAAUAUGUAAAUGUGAAUUAUACUCACAGACAAGGAGAUGAGUUGUAAAAGAUCUGGCAUGUUGUCUUCCUGCUGUCAGAAAUUAUUACCAGGCAAGACUCUCAGCAAGCUCAUUUCACCAUCAAACUAAGGCUGAGUUCACACAUAUUGGUAACCACAACAUACGGCUUUUCACCCCAAUCACGGUGCUUUUCACUAGGAACUUAUUAAUACAUCCAGCUGCAAGUCUUCCAUGUUUGUUUCACGAUAUCAUAACAUGAAUCAGCUCCAGGUUCUUAUCUUUUUAAAAAAGAAAGAUAUUUCCAUAUUUUGGCAAUUUAUAUACUUAGUUAUUUUCACCUCUAAGUGGUGUAUAAGUAACUCUACAAUAAAGAUAAAAACCAGUAAAACUGCAAAAUGAGAAUUCAUAGGUGUGUGUGUGCUUGUAACAAUACUCAAAAAUACAAAGUACCUUUUCUCUUUUUCUGCCCAUGGCAGCCAUUUUGUGCUGCCACUCACAGCACUUUUAUCUCUAUCUCUGUCUCUGUCUCUGUCUCUGUCUCUCUGUCUCUGUCUCUGUCUCUGUCUCUGUCUCUGUAUAUGAGUACCAGCACCUCACUUUAAAAAAGAAAAGAAAACAACCCACUGUGUGUAGAGAAUCAGGAUACAUCUAUCUUUAUUUGUUCCACUUUCAAAGGGCAAGGUUUUACGAAGGUUCUGAACUGGUGGCGGAUUCUGGAGUGACCAUAGACACUACCAUGCGUGGAGGAAGGCUUGGUGUUUUCUGCUUCUCUCAGGAAAACAUUAUUUGGUCCAAUCUGAAGUAUCGCUGCAAUGGUAACAUUUCCCCCACAUCCUCCUCCUGCCUAAUCAAAUGAGCAACUGUAAAGAGGAAAGCUGUUUUAGGGAGGUUGCAUGAAUGACUUCCCAGAUAAGGCAUUGCGUAUGCUUUCCAAAUCUGCAAUGUGACUUAGCAGGUCUCUGGGCUGCUCAGAUGUGAGUGCAGCUGAUAACUCAACUGCUGUGUAAAUGUCAGUUGCUUGCAGAAGACCCUUUGGAGAUCUAAAAAGCGUGCAAUUAAUCAUGUUAAAAACACCAGUAAUCUUUGCACAAUACUGAGCAUUUUGGAAAUAUUGAAAUAAGAAUCGGGGGGGGGGGGGGACAUCAUCAAGAAGUAACAGGUGCAUCCAUUGACUCACAUUAUUUCCUUUAGGUAGUCAUAUUCCCACUGUUACUUGGGCCACAAAAUAGGGAACAAUUGAUAAAUGGAGAAGCCCUCAGGUGUAGGCUUUGCCGUUCAGAUCUUAGUCAUAGAAACUGUUCAGCUGAUUACCAACAAAAGUGUACAGCCAUGGACAGUUAAAGCUGCAAUCUUAAUAUGCAGUCUUACUUGGCAGGAAGGCCAUUGAAUUCAGUGGGAUGUAAAUCCUUCCUUACUUCUGUGGCUUCUUGCAUGAGACAAAUCCAGCUUUAAGCAGAGAGACAUGUAGACUUGAGCAGUUCUGCUUGCCUUGGCGAGUGUGAUGCCACACUCUGGCACCUAUGAUGAGUGACUUGCCUUCUUUCUAACUUCGAAAUUGCAGAGGUCGGGUAAGAUUUUGUCCUGGCAGUUUGCAUGCGAAGGUGCCUGGGAUUUGCUUGGCAGAUGCACAGCCAAGGUGCCUAGAAAUCUUGGCCAUGCAGAAUCAUACUGGCAAAAAGCUACAAGCUUGUCCUGUUCAGGGACAGGGAAGGUGGGUGAAUGAGAUAAGGAUGAACACUGCUGCCUGAAGGCACCCAGGGCACUUUAGGAAAGGAAUGGAGGAUAGCUAAAGUUUGCAUAUUUUCCUGCUUAGGACUGGACUUGUGCCAUGUAAGAAGCUGAACCAUUUUGACCCCUGCAGAUGCAACAUGGGUAAUAAUAGUCUAGGAGUUCACAAUGCUGGCCUUACGGUGUGCUUUCCCCCCUGUAGAGACCACACUCAUAUUUAAUUAAUCCAUCUGUAAAACAGAACUUCUAAAAAAAAAGUUACAGCUGUGUGUAAUAAGCAGGCACCAGCUCUUAACCUGAACUUUGAAAAUAAAAUGCUCAUGAGUUUCAUACCAAGAGUAAAGACUAAUCAUGUGUCUUCUGUUUCUUGUUUUUAGAUACUAUCCCAGAGGACUUCCAAGAAUUUCAGGCUCAGCAAUAUGGAGUUGGAGAUAUUUAAGAAUACAAGCUGCUUUGGCAAACAAUAAAGCAAUGUAUAUU